GACUCAAUUUGAAGUUGAAUUUGCGUACUUCAGACCGUCAUCGAUUCGUCACUCACCAAGCUCCGAGGUUGGCCUUCUUCUGCAGAUCACAAGAAAUUGCCGCCAAGCCUACGCCCCUUUUCAUGGGCUGCAUCGACGGUUGAGCACUCCAUCUAAUAUUCCAGAGUCGCUCUUCACCGUCUAUCUCCUACAUCCACCAUGCAACAAAACACAUUUUGGUUACAGUUAAAACGAGUGCCAACUCCUUUGGCACUCGUGGUUGGGCUGCUACUAGGCUUGCUAAUUGGCAAGACACUUCCAACAAGCCUCUUGUCAACGGGCGGGAACAACCCCAUAUUUGUGUCUCGCUUGUCCGCUCGCAAACAAAUAACCCUUCCCAGCAUUGAUCAACGCCGUCGUGUCCUAGACCUGCUCUCCACACUGUCUCCACACCAUACCACAGAGUGCACACGAAAUUCCCAGCCGCUUUACGUUCAACAGGUCCGGGACCGUUAUGAUUCUCUCAUAGGACACAAAACUCCUUCUGAAUCCACCUGGUUCUCUUCUUGGGGAUUUUCCGACUCGCAACACGUACACAAUGUUCCAAAGAAAGAGCACAAAUAUUUCUUCGCCAUCAACUUGUACAACUCCUUCGAUGUCAUUCCUGACUUAUUUGCGACUCUUUUUCGGGUAUCCGCUAUUUUGGGGUAUCACAAUGUCUAUGUCUCCAUAUACGAAAAUGGUUCGACAGACCAGACGAAGGCGCUGCUACGGAUAUUCGACGCGCUGACUCGUAGCGUAGGCCUACGUGUCACCAUUCGAACUUCUACACGUACACGAGGUGCCUUCAAUCACCGUAUAGAGUACCUUGCAGAGGUCCGCAACCAGGCGUUUAACCCACUCCACGAGCUCCGCGACUCGCAUAACGAAUACUUCGAUACUAUCAUAUUUAUGAAUGACAUCCUCCAUGCUCGGCGGAAUAAUGCAGGUAUAACUUGUGCUUCAGACUACAUGUAUCAUCAAGAACUGGCCUCUCCCGUGUUUUAUGAUAACUGGGUCGCUCGCGAUAUCAACGGAACAGCGCUAGAAAAUGCUCCGUUCGAAAGCAUGCACCUUCCCAUACAGGUUCAGUCGUGUUGGAAUGGUGUUGCAGUCCUGGACCCUGCUCCAUUUUAUACACCCCCGUAUAUCAAAUUCCGUAUGGCUCGACUCACAGAUGAUGAGUGUUCUGCUUCAGAGUGCAGUUUGAUCUGCAAUGAUUACUGGGAGGCUGGAUAUGGACGUAUCUUGAUGGUGCCGCGGGUGAAGCUUGCGUACGAUAAAAGAGUAUUUGAUAUCAUACAUCCUUCAAGACGGAACCUCACUGCCAUCCGAGGUUAUAUGCGUCUUGGGGGACUUCCGGACAAUCCACGGACAGAUCCACAGGACCGGUCGUGGUUUGGUCCUCAUGACCGUUUGUUCACGCCAGAGGAAAGCGAAGAGAUAGAUUUUGUACCCGGGCCUUCGCAUGUAUGGUGUUGGGGGUGGGACGGCGCAGGUGAUAUAGAUGGUCCCGAUGUAGAUCCCAUCUGGGAGUACAUGCCCGACCGUUCGCAGCAUGUAGAUUCUGUGAAGGUGAAGCAUCACAGGGAGAUGAGCGAGCUAUGAUACGCUCGGACAAUCGGACAUAACAUGGACAAAAAAACUGGAUAACAUAAUUUGUUAAUUGCGUCGAGCUUAUUUGGUUUGCAUGAUGUAUCCCUACGGAGGCAUGUGCGUAACGCUAGAGACGCAAUACGAUUCUGUGGAAUUUCAAAGGUGCUUCUCCUCCCCACUGCAAUUGGCUUGCUACUACUUUUCCUGAUCUGAGUG